CGUAAAGCAAGUCGGGGGUUGACGGGCUAGUCGCGGAAAGAAGCCGGAAGUGCGUGUGGCGGGAGCGAGAAGGGCUGGCCCCCAACUUUUGCGUGCGGUGCGGUGUCGGGGGCGAAGGAGCUUCGAGGGGCGAAGGGCGAGAAGCCGGGCAGCGGCAGGGGCCCUUGCCACUCUGUGGUGAGCGGCGCAGCCUUCCAAGUCCCUUCGCAUGCGCGGCCCGGCUACCCUCACAACAGUCCCGUAAGCACCAUCUGGCCUGAUGCUGUCUUGCACUGACUGAGAACAGAACAAAGAGAAAUGAACAGGAACAAGAAGCCACCUUCAGGAGGCAAAGGCGCUGCCAAACCUAGACAGAUGGCUUUGCUGUUGGAUUUUUCACCCGAAGGCUUGAUGGCCAGUGAUGGGGAGGAUGAUCACGAACUGGAGGCUGAAUUCCUGACCAUUGUUGGAGGCCAGCCAGAUCCAAAACGGAAACCAAAUGGUAAAACUCCUUUGCCAAUGGAAGCUAUUGAAAGAAUGGCCGCUUUCUGCAUGAAGGACCUCGACGAAGAGGAUGGGGUAGAAGAGGAAGAUUUGGAAGAUGACGACGAACUCUUGGCUGAACUCAAUGAAGUCCUUGAGGAAGAUGCUGAAACCAAGGAUGCUCCAACACUUUUUCCUGCUCCUGCUAAGACAAAUAAUACCCCUGCUGAUUCCAGCAGCACGGAAUCCGUUUUGCUAGAAAGACUGGCCAUGUACAAAGCUGCAGCUGCUAAUGCAAAGCAAGCCAACGAAAGCUCCAAAGUGCGUCGCUAUGAAAGGGGGAUCAAGACUCUGGAAAACUUGUUGACCUCUGUGAAGAAGGGCAAAAAGAUUGACGAAGAUGAAAUUCCUCCACCAGUUUCUACAGGAAAGGUCACAAAUUCCCAGCAGCAGGGCUCUCCUUUGGAGACUGCUCCAGCAUCACAGGCGCCCUCCGCCUCGGAUGAAACGACAAUUGUUGCCAAUCACCUUCCUCCAGAGUCGACUCCUGCAGCUCCUGAGCAGCCACCUUCUCAAGCACUGCCUCUACCUGAACUGUCCCCCAAGCUGCCACCGCCAGUACUUCCAAAACCAAAGAUUUCUCCAGCUCCUCCUGUGUCACUUAGAUCCCCAGAGGCUCCACAAGAAAAAUCUGCCGCUGUGGCACCUUCCCCUUCUUUGGAUUCCAAAAGCUCCAGUACACAGGUGCUGCUGCAAGCCAGACAGCGGGAAUACAAGCUGGCUGCUCUGCGAGCUAAACAGGAAGGCAGCAUUGAAAUGGCUACUAAGUACUACCGCAUAGCCAAGAGCCUUGACCCUGUUUUAGCAUCUGUGGGUAAAGGAGAGGCGGUGGAUCUCAGUCAUCUGCCUCCACCUCCAGAUCAGCUGCCCAAGGAGAUGUUGUCCCCAAGUGUUCCACAGUCGCCUGUAGCUACAGCAACAACACCUCUUUCACAGGCUGCAACCCCACUGGCAGCAGGAGUCUCAAGUCCAGGAGAUGUGCCCCCGCCGCCUCGAGAUAUUAUGGAGGCACUGCAGCAGAGGAUGGACAGAUACAAGACAGCAGCAGCCCAGGCCAAGAGCAAAGGAGAUGACAGGAAGGCUAGGAUGCACGAGCGAAUUGUGAAGCAAUAUCAAGAGGCCAUCAGAGCUCACAAGGCAGGAAAACCUGUUGAGUUUGGUGACCUACCUGUUCCCCCAGGGUUCCCUCCAAUCCAAGGAAUGGAAUCUUCCGCAGAUCAAAGCUUUGUGGGGAUCCUUGAAACAGCCAUGAAACUAGCCAAUGAGGAGGAUGAAGAUGCCGAGGAGGAAAAAAAGCCUGACCACCCAAACCAGCCUGCAUCAUCCAAACCAGCCAGCUCACCGCAGCCUAAGCUGCCACCCCAGCCAGGCUCACGAGUGGCCCCUGCAGCUCCAAAGGCAACGGGGGCAGGAAAAAGUGCCUCAAAGGUCAACACGAAAGCUCAACAGCAGCUGACUUUCCUGGAAACCCGGAAGAAGCAGCUGAUGCAGGCAGCUCUCAGAGCAAAGCAGCAGAAUGACAUUGAGGGAGCCAAGAUGUUCUUGCGUCAAGCCAAGGGUCUGGACCCCAUGAUUGAAGCAUCGCAGAGUGGGCUCCCGGUCGACAUAACAAAGGUGCCUCAAGCCCCUGUGAACAAGGAGGACUUCACACUUGCGCAGCGUCGCGGAGCCAACAUCUCCCCAGAAACGGCUGCCCAAUACAUGGAGCUUGUGAAAAUUAUGAGGCAGCAGCAUGAGAUGUGUGCGAGUUUCUCCAAGCAGUUCACCCAUUUAGGAAACAUCGCAGAAACUACCAAAUUUGAGAAGAUGGCUGAAGACUGCAAAAAGAACAUGGAGAUCUUAAAGCAAGCCCACGCCAAGGGGUUCCCACUGCCCAAAUAUCAUUAUGAGCAGCGGACUUUCAGUGUGGUCAAGAUUUUCCCAGAAUUGAACAGCAACGAUAUGGUUCUUUCUGUCGUGAAAGGAAUCAACCUGCCAGCUCCUCCAGGCAUGUCUCCUAAUGACCUGGAUGCCUUUGUCCGCUUUGAAUUCCCCUAUCCCAAUGCGGAGGAAGCGCAGAAAGACAAGACCAACGUGAUCAAGAAUUCCAACUCUCCUGAAUUCCAAGAGAAGUUCAAGCUGUUUAUUAAUCGGGGGCACCGGGGGCUGAAGAGAGCCAUCCAGACAAAAGGCAUCAAGUUUGAAGUCGUCCAUAAAGGAGGGCUGUUCAAAACUGACCGUGUAGUUGGAACUGCACAAUUGAAGUUGGAUGCACUGGAGACAGCUUGCGAGCUUCGGGAGAUUCUGGAGCUUUUGGAUGGUCGGCGGCCCACAGGGGGCAAGCUGGAAGUCAUUGUGCGUCUGAGAGAGCCGCUGACAUCCCAGCAACUGGAGACGACGACGGAGAAGUGGUUGGUCAUUGACCCCCUCACUAUGCCACCAGUUGCUCUUCCCAAACCCAAGCCAGCAAUAGCUCCUGGGAAGGAUGUGGGCAGUAGCAAACCAGUCUGCACUCUGCACAGCUUCAAUGUCCUCGCUUUUGACAAGGAGAGGCUGGAGAAGAAGAUUGCAGGAUACAAACAAGUUGGCCAACGACCUCCUAACGACCUAGUGGAGCAGCACCAGAACGUUAUACGGAUGAUCCAGUGGCAGAAGUCCCAGCUUCAGCACGGAGGCCCUGCAGUCAUGAAAGAAUACCUGACCCAGUUGGAGCGGUACCAGCAGUGGUAUACAGAGGCAGCACGGCGCCUUGGCAGUGAAGGAAAACGGGAUGCAGCCAAGGAUGCCCUUUACAAGCGUAAUCUGGUUGAGGGCGAGCUGCAGAAGUUUCGCAAAUGAAGAAAGCGGCGGAAAUGUGAAAGUCUUGGAAUCACCGGGUCAAGCAACUGCUCUCUUCCUACGUGGCCUUUUCCCUGCUGCAGGAGAACGGGGGUUUGGAGAGCAGGGUGGGGAGGGCUCCAUGUAUGCUGAUGGACCGUCAAUGCUGCAAGGCACCUCUGGCAGUGGGCUCUUUCUAGCCUUCACUGGGUAAAUAAGAAUGAGUAGAGACUCUCUUAGUUUCUCCAUCAGUGGGGCAGAUCAUGCUAGCUGGAGACAAUUCGUGUGACAGUUGCCUUGGCACUCUGUCCUCUGGCUCAGCCCAGACUCCCCAAGGUCCUUAAUGAGCCACUUUCUCAGCAGAGAGAAGGGAAAGAAUCCCCCCCUCCCUCUUUGUUCUCCCAGCUGUUCUAGCGGCAGCUGCUGGGUGCAUCCUCAUUUACAGCUUGAAACAGGUUUCUUUCCAAUGACUCCCCACCACAUAGUAACCUGGGAAUGAUAUUUUUGAGAGAGUGCUGAGUAGACAAGCCCCUUGAUGGAACUUCGGUGCCCAGAGUUCUUUGGUCCAGAGUUAUUGUGUCAACUUGCAGCUCUCUUAAACUUGCAGUGCAGAUAUGCUCAGAGUGUCUUGCUCCUCAGCCCCAAAGAUGAGAGGGCCCCACAGUAUCCAACAUACACCGAGUUGACUCAUUUAGGAAUUUGGCACCCUCUAGUAUAUCCCCCAGCCUAUGUGGUCUGCACUCAGCUCACUGCCCCCUUUGCUGCCCCUCCACUCCUUCAACACCAAUGUUCCUUUGCACCAGGCACUUUGCACCUACACCUCUCUGAGCUCUGCUUGUUUGCCCUUCUGUGGGUUUAUUUCUUUGGGGGCAGUAGAGAGCUAAUAGCUCGCUGCUUUUAACUGACCUGAUCCCUCCUGAGUGGCCAAGAGGACCUAGCAGGAUGCUCGUGUGACGCCUUGCUUGCCGGCUCCUGUGAGAACCCAGCCUCUGAACCUACCUCGGGUUCCUUCAGAUGCCUAUGGCGGAAGACCCUGCAAAGGGAGAAUCCUGCUUAACCAGCAUCUGCCCCUGCUAUCUGUGCAGCCCAUUUCCAAGUAAGAAAAAUGACUGAGCUCAACGACUGUUGCUGGGUCUUGAUCUCUGCUUUUUUAAAUUAUCGUUGCAAUUAAUGUUACUGCCUUUGGGCUGCCAAAGGAAGAAACACGGGGCUGAGACUACCUGUCCCUGCUAGAGAACAGCAUAAGAGACUGCUGAGGGAGACUUCCCCUUCCCUUUGACCUCCAAAGAACAUAGAAGAGGCUUCCGUCCCCCAGCAGCGGCCUGUUGACAACUGGGUUGCUCAAGCACCAGCUCUGUUCUGGUGCGCAAAGACUUGCGGGACACAGUCCAUUGGCUGCAGCCUCCAGCAGCUUGGAGCAGGGCUUGUGCUGGCCCCUGGCCCAGACCAUGUGUCAUUUCUGGUGGGGGGUGGCGAUAAGUAAUUGCCAAUUUCUUGGCAUGCUGGAUGGAGUAUCCCGCAUCCUCUCUGUAGUCCCUGCAGUUGGGGGAGGCAUGCUGCUGUAGCCUGUGGGGUGUAGCCACUGGGGCACAUAGGUGUGGCCUUGUGGGGGGGGUCUGGGCUCCCCUUGGGCAGCUGGAAAUGUGAUCUUUUAUGGAAAUGUUCUGUUUCCUAUAUUAGGUUAAAGACGUUUUAAAGGGUAAGAAAUUAACUCAGGGUUGCUGCUGCUCAGGAUGGAUGAGGUGACGAGCUGCGGGUUAGAUCUUGCACUGUCGCCCCCGCCCCUGCCCAUUCCUUUUUAAACCAAAAUUUAACUUCUCCUGUCCCUGGACAGAGAAACGAUAAAGGGAAACAAAUGCUCUAGGCAGCCUUUCUUUCCUAACCCCAUUCUUACCACCCCCUCUUUGUUAUUAGGGAAAUCAGAUUUUUAUACAAGUGCCUACCUCCAUGGUUGUUGCUCAGCCAGAGGCGUUGAAAGCCAAUGCUAAAAACCAGAGGCCGUGACUCUGACUGUGUUACGGCUUUUAUUUUAUGCUUGGAGUGACAUAAAUAUAUAAAGUUUUUAGGGUGGGGGGAGUUCUAAAAAACCUCUGUAAAAAAGACGUACUGGAAUCUUGCACCAAUAAUAAACCUUGUUGAAACCUCA